CCUCCCUCUCUUCCUUCCUCUCUUCCUCUCUCUCUCCCUCUCUUCCUCUCUCUCUCCCAGGCUCUGGUGACGAAGAUUCCUGAAAUGAUCCGGCUGAUAAUCGACUGGACGCUGGAUUACCUGAGAGAGCAUCUCCUGAACUGGAUCAGGGAGCAAGGAGGCUGGGAGGGGAUUCGCUCCUAUUUCGGGACCCCAACUUGGCAAACUGUGGGGGUCUUUCUCGCUGGUGUGCUGACCACAGCACUGGUGAUCCGAAAGAUGUGAGAGAGAGAAGGGGAGAGGAGAGAGGAGGAGGGGG